AGGUCAAUGAAGAUGGAAACAAAACAUCGCCCGCACCUGUUGUCGAGGAACCCAAAGAGAAGCCGCAGGAAAUGCCGCCAAAACAAGGCGCCGGCCAUGCCGGGAAGACGCCCUUGGCGCGGCAAGCUGCCGGGGAGGAUCCCUGGGCCAGUGAUAGCAGCGGAUCCAUCGUGGUGAAGGCGACCGGAGAUUCGGCCAGCUCCAGCGAGGAGGAGGACGGUGACGAUAGUCACGCCGAAGCGACGGAGGUGCUUCCUGAGAAAAGUGAUGGCAAGGAGACGAUGUGGACGAUUCCACAGGUUCCACAGGCCGAGACGCCUGGAAAGGACCCGGCUUGGCAUCAAAAGGUGGAUGACUUGGCGCAUCGUGGCAUCAGACUGGGCCACAUCUUGGGUUUCUAUCAAAGCCUUUCUGAAGGCACCUUGCGAGGAGAUGCAGGACAGAAGUUGAUGUCACACUUUACUGCAGAGAAGCACACGACCCACGAUGUGGUGCGCUCCGCCAUCAUCCCGGUGCCCAAAUCCACGCCCUUCGGAAGCUGCGCCUAUGCCACCCUGGCAGAAGGCAACGCACCCUGUCUGGCCACCGUGAUGGUCUCGCACCACUGGCGUAAUCUCUUCUGCCAUCUGUCGGCCGCGGUGCUGGCGUACGCCUUGGGGGAGACGAGUUAUGAAGCCACGGCCGAGAGUUUGACGAAGAAGAGCUUCGAGGAGCUCAGGCAGCGUUUGGAUAGAAGAGAUGCUUUGCAAAGCACCUUCUGGAUGUGCCUUUUCUGUGUGAAUCAGCAUGCCAGCAUAUGUGGUGGACUGCCUGCUGCGCCCGAACAGAAGGAGAACCAAUCGGCCGAGCAGUUUCAAGAGCUCUGUGACUCGCAUUGUCGUGAGAUUCACGAUCCAGUGACGGGAAAAGAGUUCAGCGCUUGCCACUGUGAGACCACGAAGCAUUGGAACAGCUCCGCCCUGUGCGAAAUGGACAAGUUUGAUUCGAUGAUGGCCAUCUUGGACAUUCAGGUGCCCAAGGUGAUCCAACGCAAGCUGAGUCAUGUCAUCGUGGUGGAUGAAUCCUUCGAGGUCUUCUCCCGCAUUUGGGUCAUGGCUGAGAUCGCCAAAGCGCAAGAACUGGAGUUGAACCAGGUGGCGCUUCUGUAUCCUCCACCAGAUCGGCUGAAGAUCGAGGUGAAGGACGUCAAGGCGAAACGGCGAAGCCAGGCCAUGCUGCCAGCUGGAGCCUGGGAGGUUCCCUCCAGCGCAGCUUUGGAAGUGGCGCGCGUACGUGACACCUUGGAUAUCCGCAACUGCAAGGCCAGCCGGCAGGAGGAUGUUGAGGCGAUCCUGGGGUCCAUCCCGGACGUGAAUGCCUUCAACGAACGGCUCAAGGAGGUGCUCUUCAACGAGCAGUCGGGUAUUCUGGAAACCUGGAGCGCCGAACGCUGUGCUGGUUUCUUUGAUGUCAUCGACCCGCUGAAGGAUUUGGUCUCAGUGCAACAGCUGUCAGCACCGCAGGUCAUCAUGUUGGGGCAGGAAAGCACCGGGAAAUCCACACUGUUGGAACGGCUCACGGGACUUCCCAUCUUCCCACGGAACGCUGAUCUCUGCACCCGGUCCCUGAUCAAAGUCCGACUGCGCCGUGGUGACAUGCGGAAGUUGAAGCUCCUGGUGCAGGACAUGCAGUCGCAACAGGAUGAGCCCAGCGCCUUUGGAGGCGACGGACUGGAGCUAGAGGAGCUUGGUGAUGCGGUGAUGAAAGAGAUGACAAGACAGGUGCGGCUCGAAGCCUUAAGGCAAGAGCAGAACGGAAAGAGCGAAGAAUUCUAUGCGAAAAACGUCCGCACUGAACCAUUGGAACCCUCCGAUGGCCUCUGCACCAAGAAACUACUCGUGGUAGAGCUGAACUCUCCAAAGGCGCCCAACUUGGACGUGGUGGACUGCCCGGGCCUGGUGGCCGCUGCGGCCAAGGGCCGCCCCGAGAACGUGGCGGCGCAGACGGCGCAGCUGGUGAGGCGAUUUGUCGUCGACGGAUGGUGCCCAGGGGGUCCCAGGAAUUUCCCGGUUUUGGUGGUGAAACUGGUGCGAAAUCCGCAGUUGAUCUGGAAAUAUCUGGAAGAUCUAUGA